CUCGCUCUCCUCCAACCUACAUGAGCCCAGAACAGGCGGAAGAGAAGCUCCACUGACAGACCAGACAAGACCUACUCUGUGACAAAAGGUACCUAAGGAGUUUAAAGAUAUGAGGGGAUUUUUUCAAAUGUUAAGAAAGAAAAAAGAGCUGAUCCCACUGAUCGGUUUCAUGGCUUUUGCUGCAACAGGAGCCACUACGGCUUCAAUCUACUUUCUUCUCACCAAAUCUGACGUCAUUUUAAAUAAGACCUCCAAUCCAGAACCAUGGGAGAGAGUGGAUCCAACCAAGCCCCAAAAGCUUUUCACCAUCAAUCAGCAGUGGAAGCCAGUGGAGGAACUGGAGUUGGUGAAGCGUCUCACCAAAUAAAAAGCAAUGACGUGUUGCAAGAGGCCUCGGUUGUGCGGUUGGACUAGAAUCAUCCAUCAGGAGAUCGUGACAGCGUGAACGCCUGGCAAACAAAGACAGAUUUUAGCAAAUAUUUAGACCAGUGAUUCUCAAACUGCGGUACUGGUACGCCAAAGAAGUCUGUAAAUAUGUACUGUAUAUGGAGUUUUAUUGUAGAUGUUUGUGCAUUGUGGGUAAAGUUACAGUGUCCAAAAUAUUAAAUAAAUUGUUAAAUAAAACCUCUGCCUUGUUUUUAAUGCAUUCUUAGGCCUACUACGCUACUUUAUUAUAAUGUUGGUCAUUAUGCUGGUACUUGGCUAGCCAGGUUUUUUCUGAGGUGGUACUUGGUGAAAAAAGUUUGAGAACCACUGAUUGAGACUUUUUAGGGCUUGGUCUUAAAUGUCUGAUGAACAAUCUGUUUGAGUUUGAAUUCACUUUUCUAUCAAAUGUUCUAUUUUUUGUCGUAUUUAUGUACAAACCCCGUUUCCAUAUGAAUUGGGAAAUUGUG